UUAUAUAUUUUUACGAUAAAAACUAGUAGAAUAAUGAUAAUAAAAAGUUAUCUUAAUUAUAAGAUUUAUAAGUUUUCAUAUAAUAUAAUUUCUGUAUCAUAUUGAUUGUGCAUAUUUUUAUUUGGUAAAACAUAGGUUAAAUAUGACUGAAAAGCAAAAAGUGUUAAUUUGUGGAGAUGUUGAGGGACAUUUUAAAUUUUUAUUUAAUAAAAUCGAUGCUAUUAAUAAAAAAAGUGGACCUUUUGAUUUUUUAUUAUGUGUUGGAAAUUUUUUUGGUAAAAACAAUACAGAACUUGAAGAUUAUAAAAUUGGUAUAAAAAAUAUACCAGUUCCAACAUAUAUUAUUGGUGCUAAUAGGCAAGCUGAUUUAAAUAAUUAUCCAGAGGUAGAUGGUUGUGAAAUAUGUCAAAAUCUUACUUAUCUUGGCAAACGUGGAUUAUAUACUGCUAGUUCUGGACUUAAAAUAGCAUAUAUUGGUGGUAUAGAAAAUAAUUCUUCAGAAACGAAAUCUAUUUGUUUUGAUGAAAAUGAUGUUAUGUCGAUUAAGCAGGCUUGCUUAAAAGGUCAACCUAGUUUUCGUGGAAUUGACAUAUUGAUGAGCUCUCCUUGGCCAGCUGAUGUUACAAAUUUAGAUCCUAAUAAACCAAACUUUAAAUAUCAAGGAUCAAAAUUAAUUGCAUGGUUAGCUGCUCAAGUAAAACCAAGAUAUCAUGUAUCAGCAUUAGAAGGAAUUCAUUAUGAAAGACCUCCAUAUAGAAAUCAAAGUUUACAAGAAGGAAAUAUUGAAAUUGCAACAAGAUUUAUAGCACUUGCAUCUGUAAUGAAUAAUCAAAAAAAGAAAUGGUUAUAUGCAUUGAAUCUAACUCCUGUUGAUAGAACUCGUUUAUCUGAUUUGAUUAUGAAAACUACAGAUGAAACAGAUACUCCAUAUCCUAAAUCAAUGUUAUCAAAUAAUCCAUCCUUACAAAAAUUGGAACAAUUAAAACAGACACAAUUUUUCUAUGAUAUGGAAUCUAAAGAAACAUCUAAAAGAUCAAAAUCUUCUGAAGGUUCUAAUAAAAGAUCAAAACCAGAAUUUGAUCAAGCAAAAUGUUGGUUUUGUUUAUCAAGUCCUGAAGUUUCUAAGCAUUUAGUAAUAUCAGUUGGUACAGAAGUUUAUAUUGCACUUGCUAGAGGUGGAUUAGUUGAGAAUCAUUUUUUAAUUUUACCAAUAACACAUCACCAGAGUCUUUCUAUUUUACCAAAAGAAGUAAAAGAAGAAAUUGAAUUAUACAAAACUGCAAUAUCCAAAUAUUAUGCUACUAUGGAUAAAGUACCAGUAUUUUUUGAACGUAAUUUUAAAACAUCUCAUUGUCAGUUACAAGUUGUACCAGUUCAUAAAAAUCAAAUACCAGCUCUGAAAGAAACAUUUAUGGAAAUGGCAGAAUGUAAUAAUUUUAAAAUGUCAGAAUUAGCUCCACAUACUGAUUUGCAACAAAUUGCAAAACCAGGUGUUCUAUAUUUUUAUGUAGAAUUACCAGGUAGAGAAAAAUUAUAUUAUAGAAUAAAAAAAGAUUUUCCACUUCAAUUUGGUCGAGAAGUGCUAGCUUCAGACAGAAUAUUAGAUCUUGAUGACCGAGCUGAUUGGAAAGAUUGUCAAAUGGAUGAAGAGGAAGAAAUUGAAUUAGCAAAACGAAUUAGAAGAGAAUUCCAACCAUUUGAUUUAGAUUCUUAAAAAUAUAUAAAAAUUCAAGAAAAUAGUAUUACAAUACAUGUAUAUAUAUAAAAUUUUUUGUAAAAUAUAUAGAUAUUAAUUUAUUAUUUUAUAAAAAUAAUCAAUGAACAUAGAUAU